AUGCCGGAGGAAGCGCCCACGGCGGCGGUGGCGGCGGCGGCAGCCUCGUUGUGCGACGAGGCGCACCGCGAGGCGCUGGAGUACAUCGAGCACGUGACGGCGUGCGCGGGGGAGGUCCAGCGCCGCGUGCUGGCCGAGAUCCUGGCGCAGAACGCGCCGGCCGAGUACCUGCGCCGCAUCGGCGUCUCGGGCGCCGCUCCCGGCGCCGACGAGGCGUUCCGCCGCCUGGCGCCGCUCACCACCUACGAGGACAUCCUCCCCGACGUCAUGCGCAUCGCCAACGGCGACACCUCGCCCAUCCUCUCCGGCAAGCCCACCUACGAGUUCCUCACCAGCUCGGGAACGUCGGGUGGGGAGAGGAAGAUGAUGCCGGCGAUCGCGGAGGAGAUGGACCGGCGCUCGCAGCUCUACGGCCUGCUGAUGCCGGUCAUGAGCCAGGCGGUGCCCGGCCUCGACAAGGGCAAGGCCAUGUACCUCUACUUUGUCAAGGCGGAGUCGCGCACGCCGGGCGGCCUGCCGGCGCGGCCCGUGCUCACCAGCUACUACAAGAGCCGCCACUUCCUGGAGCGGCCGCACGACCCCUACACGGUGCACACCAGCCCCGACGAGGCCAUCCUCUGCGUGGACGCCUACCAGAGCAUGUACGCGCAGCUGCUCUGCGGCCUGGUCCACCGCGCCGACGUGCUCCGCGUCGGCGCCGUCUUCGCCUCCGGCUUCCUCCGCGCCAUCCACUUCCUCGAGAAGCACUGGCGCCGCCUCUGCCGGGACAUCCGCGCCGGCGUGCUCGACGCCGAGAUCACGGACCCGGCCAUCCGCGCCGCCGUCGGGCGCGUGCUCCGCGCCGACCCGGCGCUGGCGGACGCGAUCGAGGACGCCUGCGCCAGGCCGUCGUGGCAGGGCGUGAUCCGGCGGGUCUGGCCCAGCACCAAGUACAUCGACGUCAUCGUCACGGGCGCCAUGGCGCAGUACAUCCCCACCAUGGAGUACUACGGCGGAGGCCUCCCGCUGGCGUGCACCAUGUACGCCUCCUCCGAGUGCUACUUCGGGCUCAACCUCAACCCGAUCUGUAACCCCGGGGACGUCGCAUACACCCUGAUCCCCACAAUGUGCUACUUCGAGUUCCUCCCCGUCCAGCCCUGCUCCGGCAACGGCGGCGAGCCCGACCGCCGCGACCUCGUCGGCCUCGUCGACGUGAAGCUCGGCCGCGAGUACGAGCUGGUCGUCACCACCUACUCCGGCCUGUACCGCUACCGCGUCGGCGACGUGCUUCGCGUCGCGGGGUUCAAGAACGCGGCGCCCAUGUUCAGCUUCGUGCGCCGGAAGAACGUGGCGCUCAGCAUCGACGCCGACAAGACGGACGAGACGGAGCUGCACGCCGCCGUCUGCCGCGCCGUGCAGCACCUCGACCCGUUCGGCGCCUCGCUCGUCGAGUACACCAGCUACGCCGACGCCAGCACCAUCCCGGGCCACUACGUGCUCUUCUGGGAGCUCCGCGACGGAGGGACCACCACGUCGACGCCCGUGCCGGCGUCGGUGUACGAGGACUGCUGCCUCGCCGUGGAGGAGGCGCUCAACACCGUGUACCGGCAGUGCCGCGCCGCCGACCGCUCCGUCGGCCCCCUCGAGAUCCGGGUGGUGUCCAGCGGCACCUUCGACAAGCUCAUGGACUACGCGCUGAGCCGAGGCGCGUCGAUCAACCAGUACAAGGCUCCACGGUGCGUGCGGCCGGGGCCGGUGGUGGAGCUCCUCGACAGCAGGGUGGAAGGCCGGUACUUCAGCCCCAAGUGCCCGAAAUGGAGCCCAGGAAACAAGCAGUGGAUCGGCGGCAACGCCAAGAAGAUGGACACCAGUUGA